GUAUGAAAGGAGGGGGGCACAGAGGAAGAGAGAGAGAGAGUAAGAGAAAAGAGGGAGAGAGGAAUUCAGUUCUAUUUAAAUGGGAAUCCAAAGCGCACAGAGGAAAAGGGACCAAGAGUGAGAAACAACAAAAAAAGUGGAGACAGGUUUCAUUUACGCACGGAAAAAAAACUGAGACAUAGUGUAAGAAAGAAAAGGGGAAUAGAAGAAAAGAGGAAUAGGAUUUUUUUUUCUCUAAAUGUGUGUUUUUGCACUCUCAUGACUCAAAGAGGAUUCCAGUUAAAUUCACCCGGUCGGGAGGAAUUGAUGGUGUCUUGUUGGGGAGGCAGAGCCGAGGGGAGGAAUCUGAAUGCGCUCGGCUGAACCAUGCCAGCUUUGUGGAUCAUAACUUUGGCGAUCACUUUAAACCAAGUGUGGUGUGUUCGUUUCUCCCAAGAGCCCGCGGACCAGUCAGUGGUGCUGGGAGAACGGGUGGUGCUGUCCUGUGUCGUCUUCAACUACAGCGGCAUCGUCCAGUGGACCAAGGAUGGCCUGGCACUCGGCAUUGGAGAGGGUCUUCGAGCGUGGCCCAGGUAUCGUAUCCUGCGUUCUCUUGACAUCGGCCAGUACAACUUGGAGAUCUCCAACGCCGAGCUUUCUGAUGACUCUCUCUACGAGUGUCAGGCCACAGAGGCCGCCUUGCGCUCCAGGAGGGCCAAGCUCAAUGUACUCAUCCCCCCUGAGGACCCAGUGGUCGAGGGAGCCCCCGAGCUCUUGCUGAUGGCUGGUACUUCACACAACCUGACCUGUGUGACUCGUGGGGCCAAGCCUGCAGCGCACAUCCAGUGGACCAAGAAUGGCCUUCCUGUGGAGGGGGCCUACCACUCCACGGAAGUGCUGCCAGACAGGAAAAGGGUUACGACCAGGAGCUACCUGCCCAUCACACCAGUCGACACGGACAGUGGCAGCAAUUUCACCUGUGUGGCCAGCAAUCCAGCUGUACCUAUGGGGAAACGAACCACCCUAACCCUCAAUGUUCACCACCCUCCCACUGUGACCCUGUCCAUCGAGCCUCGCUCUGUCCUUGAGGGAGAGAGGGUUACCUUUACCUGUCAGGCCACUGCCAACCCUCCUAUCAUGGGCUACAGGUGGGCUAAAGGUGGCGUGCUGCUGGAGGGAGCCAGAGAAAGCGUGUUUGUCACCACCGCAGAUCACUCGUUCUUCACCGAGCCCGUGUCCUGUCAGGUGUUUAACGCCGUGGGAAGCACUAACGUCAGCAUCCUUGUGGACGUGCACUUUGGCCCCAUACUGGUAGUGGAGCCCAGGCCGGUUACAGUGGAUGUGGAUGCAGACGUCACUCUGAACUGCAAGUGGUCUGGAAACCCUCCUCUCACCCUCACCUGGACUAAAAAGGGUUCCAGCAUGGUGCUAAGCAACAACAACCAACUGCAUCUGAAGUCAGUGAGCCAGGCUGAUGCAGGCCAGUAUGUCUGCAAGGCCAUCGUGCCUCGAAUUGGCGUGGGAGAGACCGAGGUUACGCUCACUGUCAACGGCCCCCCUAUCAUCUCCAGUGAUCCAGUUCAGUACGCUGUCAGAGGGGAGAGAGGGGAGAUCAAGUGUUACAUCGCCAGCACCCCUCCACCUGAUAAGAUUGUUUGGGCGUGGAAGGAAAACGUCUGGGAAAAAGAGAAAGGCACACUAAUGGAGAGGUACACAGUGGAGCAGAGUAAACCUCCAUCUCAAGGCGGGGCUGUUCUCUCCACCCUGACCAUCAACAAUGUCAUGGAGUCAGACUUCCACUCCCCGUACAACUGCACUGCCUGGAACUCCUUCGGACCUGGCACCAUGAUUAUCACACUGGAGGAGAAAGAUAUUGUUCCAGUGGGAAUUAUCGCUGGUGGCACGUUGGUCUCCUCCAUUCUGCUGCUUAUUUUUCUACUGCCGCUCGCCUUCUUCCUGUACCGCCAACGCAAAGGCAGUCGAAGGGGUGUCACCCUCGGUAAACCAGACAUCAAGGUAGAGACGGUGAACAAAGAGACCCACAGCCUGGAGGAGGAGGCGGCCAACGUCUCCACAGCAACCCGGAUGGUCAAGGCCAUGUACUCCUUUCUGCCCUCUGUUUCCCUCUCUCCCUCCACUCAGCCAUUCAAAGAUGACAUGGACCUGAAGCAGGACGUCAGAAGCGAGAGCGACACCCGGGAGGAGUACGAGCUCAAGGAUCCAACCAAUGGCUACUACAAUGUCCGUGCUACAACCCAUGAUGAGGCGCGCCCCCAGUCCCGGGUCGUCCACUACCAGGGAGAGUUUCGCUCUCCAAACCCAAGCAGCGGACCAGCAGGAGCCACUUCCAGUGGACCCUCUGCUUCUGCCAGCGGUGCAGUUCCCCCCAGUGCGGUGCCGGGCUCAAGAGCUGGCUGCUACGACCCUCGUCCACCUUCCAGGAUGUCCCAUUCUACUUAUGCCCAAUUCAACACAUUCUCCAGGGCAGCACAAAGCCAGCAAGCCCCUGCUAAUCCAGCUCUUCAGUCACCCGGAGAAUACCCUGGAGACUGCGGCCUGCUGGACAGCUCCACCCAACUGGCUUACGACAACUACGGAUACCCUUCCCAGUAUCCCAGCUACCGCAUGGGCUUUGCUCCACCCAUAGAGGAAGGGCCAGCCUAUGAGAUGUACCCAACGGGACAAGGGACAGGGCCAGGGCCAGGUCCAGGACCGGGACCAGGACCGGGACCGGGACCGGGGCCAGGACCAGGACCAGGACCAGGACCACAAAGUCCUGAAACAGGGCUGGGAAAGUAUGGAAGCUCCACUCGCUUCUCAUACUCAUCUCCACCCUCUGACUAUUCCCAGAGACACACACAACGGAUGCAGACUCAUGUGUGAGAAAGUGGUAUACAGGCUUUUGGAUUUGCUUUUUGCAGGAGCAGUACUUAUUACACAGAAACAUAAAAAAAAUCUUUGAAAUUUUCAAAAAAUGCCCUCAUAUCUAUACAUGAACACCUAAGAAUCUGUUUUCUGUUUUCAUCCUAACCACUGCAUGGUAUUUGGCUAAAUUUCUGAGUUGAUAAAACACCCAGCAGUUAGCAGCAUCGCAUAUCGUACGGUUCACAGCAAUACAUGCAACACAUGCACAGCGAUAUUCAUACACAUCUAAGAAGAUCUUCUGUCUGCAAUGUUUAUGCUCCAAUAAAAACAACAGCGAGAGCCACAAUCAAGAGAAAACAGACAAAAAGUCAAGAAGAGCACUAUGAAGACAUGAUGAAGAAGAGGAGCUUAGAGGAUGCCGAGUGAUCCUUUCUCUUCCAGCAAUUCUCAUCUUGCUCUUGGACCGUUUUCUUCCAUCACAUGGUCCUGCCGCCCCAUCUCUGUAAAUAACCGCACAUGGAGAUUAGGGUCAUUUUAAAGAUGUUUCCUUGUACAAAACUAUACAUUGUGAUGCAGUACAGUGACCUACAGCAAACCCCUCUGCUAGUCACAUGUUUUACAUUUAGUGACUCUAACAAAUUGCAGAACACACACGUGCAGACACACACACACAGAUCUCUACAAGCCUAUUUGUUUCUAUGUAUUGCAUCAAUGGGGCAGCUUGGACUAAUAGUAUAUGUGGCACUUUUUGACUCCCCUUUCCUCACUAAAACUCACCCAAUUGCCAUUCCUUACAAGAUCUACCUUGAUUUAAAUGGGACAAAGCUUCUUAAGGUGAGUGACCAGAGUGCCAAUGCUUAUGUGCCAACACAUACGAACUAUUAAGACGUGUCUUCUUUUUGUAAAGCGUGGACAAUGAGGUGCUCUGGAUGAUGAGAUUUUGUACAUGCCACAUCUAAGAUGACCGGAGCGGUAGCAAGCGUUUCUAUGCUCCUUCACCCCAUCUUUCAUUUUUAUCAUCAUGAUGCAUUUCUAUACAUUUCACUCAAGGUCAAUGCUAUAAAUGGUUUUUGUGAAAUGAGGUGGGAGUGCUUUUUCAUUAAAUGAAUUUCUGCAAUUUGUACAAAAAGAUACCUCCCCUAUCCUCAGUGUCAAAAACGUAUGUGUUUCUAUCACUUGCACAGUAGAAUAGAUUUUUUUCCCAUAUUUAUACGGACCGGUAUUGAAAAAAAAAACAAAAAAAUGGCAUUCAGAAACAUUUUAUAGUAUUUUUAUAAGGAGUUGUGGACCAAAGGUUCAGCGUUUUGGGUGACACUCACUUUUUAAUGUGUAUGUGGCAUCGUAUUGGAAACGUUCCUUUACAAAGAGAUGGAUGGUGUUUUUAAAGUGGAUGUUGUAGACUUAAAUUAGAAAAACAUGAAGAGCUUCACUUCAGAAUGAUGAAUAUCCGGCAAAGGCAAAUGUCUUUGAUGGAUAUCUUUGUUUGGUGUGAAGCUCUUUCUUUGACUUCCAGUCUUCUGACUGGACUGCCUUUUUCAAAUGUUGACGACAUUCAAUUGAAAUGGAUGGAGAAGAAGCAGCUGCUCAGUCUGAGCUGUGCUGUAAACUUUGCAAGCAAAGAGAAGGUUCAAACAUAUCAAAGUGAAAGUACAGAGGAUUCUAUCUAGCUCAUAUGGUACUUUGUACAUUUGAAGUAUGUAUAAGUAUGCUGGUUUCCUCACUGCAGCAGGAAUUUGGUGGUAUGUUAUGUCCGAGAUUUUUCCCAUUAUGUUGUGUCAGCUUUUGAUGCGUGUGAUUGACCUUUAACCCCUCCGGGUUAUGAUCAGCAUUUAAAAUGUUGCUCCUCUAAAGUAAUGUCACUGAAUAGCAAUUUGGCCAUUUGCAAUGAUUACCACACAGAAGUUGUUACAAUUUGCACACUUUGUUACUGAGAUUUGGUUGGAUUGCUUCACGGUAUAACUUCAAAACUUCACCUUCUGGUGACGUGUUUGUUGAUUAGAUGCAGCAGCAUCAGUCUUCACUAUAUACUGACCUUUAGCUUAUAAGGUUCAUCGGCUGAUCUCUAUUUUUAUUGCUCACAAAAUAUUAAGACAUUUUAGCAACUCUUGGGAAUUGUACCUUUUCCUAAGAGCACAUACUGUACUGUGUAUACUUUACUGGACAGACACAGUUAAGAGAGAGCAGAAGCAAUAAAGUUUCACCCACUUGUACCUUUAUUCUACAGCAGUUAAAAUCUGAGAACAGAUAAUAGUGGUGUUUUAAAAUAAGACCCCAGGCUGCAAAGGGAAGCCUGAAAUCUCAGCACCUCCAGAGGUAAUCAUUGAGUGUAUCAGCCGCCCUAUCAACCCCUCUCGGUAUAUUAUGGUAAUUGUGUGCUAAGGGGCUGUAAAAAAUGUAUUUAUUGCCUCUGUUUUGAAUAAACACAGAGAAAUGAAACCACAGACACACCGUUUCUGAUUAGAACAUCAGAUUGAACCUUGUAGCUCCAAGGUCACUAUAUAAACCUUUUCGUAGAAAAGAAUGGCAGAUGGAGCAGCCUUUUAAAUUUAUAUGGUUAUCACAGCCUUGGUAUUGCAUACUAUUACCUCUUUACAACCCUUUUACAGAGUUGUAGCUGCGCAGUAUUUUGCAUCUGACAUACAAUGUCGUUACGACCUUGUGUAGAAGGAGUACAUUUGACACAGAGGAGGUACUGAGGCCAACAAAUACAUGGCCAGGCCAUCCAGGUACUUAGAUUUUACCUCUUUACUGUUUACGGUUUGUUGACAGUGGGGACAUAUGAAUAUGUAAAAGACACCACAGAUGCCAAAAAUGCAGAACAUGUGUUUAGAUUUGGUUCAGCAACGAAAAGAUGUGUGAGUUGGAAGAGAAGAGGUGUUUACUCCACUGGGUUGUUAUUUUAUGUCCUUUUCCCCUUUUUUCCAUAUGUACCUCUCACUGCAAUGUGUACUGAUGCUCUUAUGUAGAAGGAGUACUCUACUCUCUCCCCUGUGUCAUAUUAAUUGCCACCUACAAGCUUCCAAAUUUAGAGGAUGAAUCUGUCUUUUCAUGGAAAAAAAUCAUCACAGCAUAGCUUUCUUCCGAGAUUACAACAUAUGGGGUCGGUAUAUCUAUCUUGCUUGCAUAAAUGUUUGUAUGUCGGGUGUCUUUUUUAGAGAAUAUAUAGCUUCAUGAGCUCAUGACAUUCAUCCAUUGUUAAAUUAUUCCAUAAUCAUGUUUCUUUUUAAGAAAAUCAGUAUUUUAAUUUUUUUUCUAUUACUUUAUAGUGAUCCAUCACCACUGUAGUUGAAAGCGUGCGUAUUAACUUUUAAAGACAGUACUUUAUUUUAUGUUGUAUGCAUCAGAUAGAGGGGUUCUAAUUAAUCAACCCAGUGAAAAGUGAGAAGGGUUUUGUGCAUCCGUGGCCAAAACGACUGCCCAGCCAGGCCACAAAUAGCCAAAAUUCUGCCUCAACUAGGCCAACGCAGGCUAGAUUCAGGCCAGACCAACAGCUAACUGCUCUGUUCCAUGCUGUGCUGUGCUGUGACAGGCCCGGCCAAGAGUGACUGAAGUGGCUCGGUGUCCAUUUUUACCUUUUGGAGUUUCCAGUGAGUGCCAAAAGACUGUGCAAAAAAUGAACUGAGCAGAAAAACAAAUGCAACAGCCAUUUGUGUUUAUUGUGUUUAUGUAAGCUCAUGUGUGACUGUGAGUGUGUGUGGGAGCGCGUGUGCGUGUGUUUUGGCUACAUGUAACCCAAGUGUGUUUUCAUGUCAUCUGAAAUAUGUGGGAACCACUGGGCUUUAAAAAUUAGGGUUUGACUGAUAUUUUCAGCAAAUAUAAUAGCGAUCAAACAGUCGUGUUGUCACCUGCUGGCAUGAUGGAGAUCACUCCUGACAACAGCUAGGCUACACAAAGAGAAUGUAAUAUUUAACAGUUAAAUGAAUAUUUGAAAAUAUUUUUUGAAACCCUACUACUGCAUAAUACUGUGUAUACUCUGUAAUCUAGUUUAUAUCAAACCUCAUCUGAGAUCAAAAUGGUACUGGUAUCCCAAGGUGAUGUGCAUUAGUUGUUUCAUUAACCUGUAAUGAUGUCGUCAUUUUAAUCACCAAUGGCAGAUUUAAAUUUGUCAGUCCAUGCGCAAAGUUCAAAUGAAAGUUAGUCCUAUGAGAAAUAAACCUUCUAUGUCAAAUGACAAUGACACAAAGGGACACAGAGCAGUAUAGUACAAAGCAAACAACUUUGGGUGAAGGAAGAAGUCAGUUUGUGUAGAAGUCUAUGGAGAAAUAGCCCCAACGCCUAUUAUCUAUGACUUCAAUUAACACUUUCCUGAUGAGUUUAUCGGCUCUGUCGAUCAUUCCAACUCUCACUGAACACAACAUGAUGUUCACUUUAUAAAUUAUGGUCUCAGAGUAGAGUAUGUUUUCUAAGGCAGGCCUUCCUUGUGAUUUUCAAGCUGCAGCAUCCUUCGAUUUUGCUGCCAGAUUCACUCCUCUUCAUGACGUCGGGACCCCAAGAAGUUGACUGAGGAAACACUCAAAGCUGUCAAAGCAAGUCACAGUUGAUAAACCCAUUUUCUAUAUGCAAUAUUUAAUGAAGAGCAGUGAAUGGAGCUCAUCAGCAACAAUAAUUGUCAACAUCUGCUUCUUGAUAAAAAAAACACCACAUUUUAUUCUAGUGUUCACUCAUAUAGUAUCAUUCAGAAUUAAAGUAAAACACAAAUAAAACUCUGUUAAUGUAUGUUGAUUGGCCAAUUAACGAUUUACAACAGGAAAGCCUAUUAUUACAACACACUUUUAAAGUACUGUUAAGUCAAAACAGAAAGGCGCACAACUUUGUUACAUUAGGUUGCAUAGAUUACAUUUUUAAAAGUGUAAAGGUGGAUGGUUGAUGCUAUUAGGGUAAUAUUAGCUGCUGUGACCUGAUCCAAACUCCUGUAACUGAAUUGAAUGGCCGAGAAUUCUGAGUGGUAUAGUAGUAUCAUUUAACCUCGCAUAAUGUGCCCUGUUAGAAUAGGAAGGGUUAAUCUUCAGGCUUGUUGCACUUUGAUUGGUGCUAAAAAUUUUAAGGACUCUAAACCACUUUAAAUGUGUAUUUUGACCUUCUUAAUACUUACAAGUUCCA